AGGGUGCUGUAUAACGCCGACAUAGGCGACUGCAUCAGCACAACUGGGCGGCCCACGGUCCCUUCAGUAGUGUUUCACGUGUCGCACUGACGAGUCGCAUACACUCCAUCUCUGACUCUCUGCUCUCUUCUCUCGCUUGUUUUGACUCUGUCACGCCAAGUCGAAGACGAAUUCCUUUUGAUUCUCCAGCGCGUUCCCUCUCUCAUUCUCUCGACUCUCUCUCGUACACGUCACGAUGUUUCCCUUUUUGUGUCGGUCCAGCAGUCAGCGACGCCGUGAAUCUACAAGUUUCAACGCCGCCGCAUUGCCAGCAACCGCUCUCGUCUGCUUCCUCUUCAUCGGGUGUGGCUGGCAUGACGGCGUCGACGGUCUAAAGCUACUGCAAGUGCAAGUGCCAACCGAAGUGGAAAGGGGCCGUUCGGCCGUGCUGGGCUGCCGGUUCGAAAUGGAAGGCGACACCCUUUAUUCCGUCAAAUGGUACAAAGGUGGCAAAGAAUUCUUCCGUGUGGUGCCAAAAGAUAAUCCUCCGGCCCAGACAUUUAACGUCGAAGGAGUCCAAGUUAACUUGGCGGCCUCCGAUCAAAACCAAGUGGUCCUGGAUAAUCUGAACCUAAAGAGCGAGGGUCGCUACAAGUGUGAAGUCUCAGCGGAAUCACCAAAUUUCCAAACCGUUUACGACAUCGCUGAAAUGAGCAUCGUAGUUCCACCGAGAGAUUCACCGGUGAUUAAUUCGCCGCAAACGGUUUACCGCAUCGGCGAAGAAUUCACAGCCAACUGUUCGUCUUAUCCGUCGAGACCGCCGGCCACUAUCACCUGGACAAUUUCAGAUAAACCGGUAAUGAAAGAGGACCUAAUACAAUAUCCAUCCACACUGACUGAUGGCGGCCUGGAGGCUUCCGUCGUGGGUUUGCACCUCAGACUUCGGGAUGCGCAUUUCGAUCGCAAAGGCAAGAUGAAGCUCACGUGCACGGCUUCGGUCGGAAGGAUGCGCAUCGACGGGCGGACCGAUGUCAACAUCAGCGUCGCCGACCUACCCGUCAAUGGCGACUACCCCAGGCAGAGAUCGUUGACGCUAGACAGCCGGUCGGGCGGCCUCAGUACUGGAAUGUCACAACAAAUGACAUUUUGGAACUGGAGGUUAUUCUGUCCGGCGAUUCUGCUCGUCGCAACUCUUCUGUGUCAAACGUUUGGUUAAAUUUUGGGAAUUUCUUGGCUACUAUUAUAUAAUGAAAAACCGAGACCUUUUGACAACGUUGAUUUUCACAUGUAUGAGAGAGAGAGCAACACCUUUUCUCCUUCAAUUUAUAGAGUCAUUUUCUCUCUUUCCCGUUUGCGAUUCCCGUUUUUCUUUUUCUUGACGUAUGUAUCCAGUCAUCGAUCGAGUCGCAUCCCUCCAAACGCCCGCGUUCGUUUCGUGUGCAAAUAAGCCACACCCCAGCAAUUUUGCGUUGCAAAUGUCAUUUGUAUAAUAUUUGACACUUGAUUCCGAUGCGAUGAUAUAUAGGCUUCAUCCAUAUAUAUAUAUUUUACGAGAUGUUUCCACUGUAAAACACACACCCGCUCGUCAACUUAUUCACUUCACUCUAUAACGAAAUGAUAUGGAGUGUUGUUUUGUUUUUGUUUUUUUUUUUACCUUUUUUUUUAAAAUGCGUGUGACUUUUUCUUAUUUUUCUUUUCACGUUUGCAAAAAGAGUGAUUGUUUUUAAGUUUUUUUGUUUUUUGAAGAGCUGCCCGGUUUUGGUGGUAUAAAAAGAAAAUAACCAGGGCCUAGAGUUUUUGAACAAGAAGCCAUAUUAUUUAAAAUAAUAAUAAGAAGAAAAAGAAAAAUGUGAACUGUUGCAUUGUCACUUUGUUGGAAUAAGCGCGCCUGCUGUGUUAUUGCUUUUACAUCUCUUUGUUUGACUAUAUGACACGUAGCUUCUAGAUUAUUACAUCCAAUUAAUAACAUUGUAUAUGAAAGAAAAAAACGAGCUAAAGGUACGAUUUUAUCACA